GCCCCUCCCAUCUGUCUGUGGGUCUGUCUGACAGGCGGCUCCGCUGAGUCGCGGAGGUUGGAGGGGGAGUGCGGAACACAUCGAAGCUCGGCCCUGGCCUUUGUGGGGACGCAGCGCUGCGCUGUCAGGAGCUUUUAGACAAGACAGCAAUGGAACGAUUUGAUGUGAAGCCGCCUCCCUCCCGCAGCCGUUCCAAGACCGCUUUGUACGUGACUCCUCAGGAUCGUGUAACUGAGUUUGGCAGUGAACUGUACGAAGAUGGAGGCAAAUUGUAUUGCACUUUCUGCAAUGUGGUGCUGAAUCAUGUUCGCAAGUCUGCAAUCAAUGACCAUCUCAAAUCCAAAACUCAUACCAAGCGCAAGGGAGAGUUUGAAGAACAAAGUGUCAGGAAGAAACCACGGACUCUGACUGCCUCUCUGCAGUGCAACAGUGCAGCCCAGACAGAGAAACCUAGUGUCACCCAGGACUUUGUAAAAAUGUUUCUGGAAGCUAGCAUUCCUCUUGAGAAGGCAGACCACCCAGCUGUGCGAGCGUUCCUCUCUCGACAUGUGAAGAAUGGGAACUCCAUACCCAAGUCAGACCAGCUAAGGAAAGCCUACUUGCCCGACGGGUAUACAAAUCAGCUUCUCAAGUCUGAAGACCAUUGAAGGGAAGACUACUUGAUUGAGGAUGGGGAGUAUUAAAGUUACAUAGCAGUGAUGUGGCUUAUUUUUAUAUUCAUGCACAUGCAAUGUUAUGUCAUGGGUUUUGUAUUGUAGAAAUGACAAUCUCUUACAGAAUGCAAUGAUGUUUUUAAAAAAAAGUUCAGAUCUAUAACGUUGAAGUCUGUGGGCAUUGGAAUGGCAGUAAGGUGCCAUAUUGUAGCGGAGCGCAGUUACAGCCUAUCAAGUCCGUUAUAGUCAUUAGUCAAUGGACUUAGAAAAGUGUAAUUAUGCACUGCAAUCUGCUCCCACGUUACAUGGUAACUGAAAAGGAACACACUGGGCAUGGCCACAUGACAGACUAAUUUUUAACCCUAAUCCCAAAUAUUUAUGUAUAUAUGUCUAUUUAUUAGGCCCAUAUUCUCAUUAUAACCCAAUCUCCAUUGUAAUUAUAUUUAGGGAUGCUGAAUUAAUUCAGCCACUUUGACGUCCAGUACAGACACCAGUUCCACUGGAGCAAACAGUUGCUCAAAAUCCGUCUUCUGGCCAAUUUGGUUUGAUUCACUUUAUCAGUAUACAAACACUUGUACUGCUAAUGAGAGAUUCAGGAAUGGGGAUGUGAAACUGAAGGACAGCUCUUAUAUUUGGAUGAGCAUUUGGCUCUGAAUCUUAUUGAACAUAUUUCUGUGGGUACCCAAUUUAUACCCACAAUUCCUAAAAGCAGUUUUUAGAGUUUCUAUGAAUAUGAGAUAAUGAAGCAGAAAAGUGGAAAGUUCCACAUCUAUGAACAAAUUUAAUAGAUCAUACCAAUAUUGUAAUAUGAGUGUAGUUAUUCAGUCAAUUGCCUGUAGAUGGCAAUACUUUGCAAAUAAUUCUUCUGUGUUUAGGAUUACAGCCAUUGACUUACACUUAUUUCUGUGUCUCCCCAAGACCAGCUUUCUAACUGUCACAGAUAACUGUGAUUGUAUAUUAUCCAUCUGAAUCCCUGAUUUUAUGGAACAUUCUCAAUUUGUAAUAUAAUUUCUCAAUGUGAAACAGGUACUGAUACCUUUUUCUUGUAUACAUUUUUACUAAGAAUAGCAGUUUUGCUGCUGGCUGUGAAGGCUAUUAAUAUUAUGAAAAUACUGUUUUUGUAUACAGUAAGCAGAAUGGUUAUGAUCCAGCCAAAGUUAGACAUUUUUAGGUUCCCAUUGAUUUGAAUAGGAAAAUUAACACAUGGGUGGAAUCAGUAGGGCUUUAAAAAGUGCUUGACUGGGUUAUGUUUCUGAUAUUUUAAAUAAAAUUCCAGAGAACAAAAUGGAAUUGCAAAGGCAGAAUCGAAGUGGGCCUUUUUUUAGUUUUAAGUAAAAAAAUAAAAAAGCACCGGUUUUGGUCUGUUGUUCUAAGUAGAUAAUGGUAUUUGUUCCUGUUUCCUAUUUUUUUCUCCCUCUUAGGUAGCAAGAAAUUUCCAAAGUUUUCAGUAUGGUUUUGUAUUGGAGGACACAGCCCACAAUCUGGAGCCUGUUUGUUUUUUAAAAAUAUGUAUCCUUUGUUUUUAAAACACGUUUUUGGUGAGAGUUUUAUUAAAAAGAAUGAACAGGAUUUGUUCCAGGCUUCUGGUGAUUACGGGAAGAGCUUACGCGCCUUCCUUGAAUCAGUCCAUCCCUUUGUUCUUUCUUGCAGUUUUCCAUCACAGUUCUUGCCAAAGUAUACCAGCUUUUGCAAAAACCCUCUACAUUGUUCAUAAUUUUUCAUCUACAGCUUGAAGAAGAAUGUGGGGUUGCCUCUUCCAGCCUUGGGUGAAGGACCACAGCCUUUGUAAUCACUUCUAAAACAAAAUAAUCUACUGGCACACAAAUUUAUGGGUCAGGCAUAAGACUUCCAGUUCAUGAGUUCUCAUGCGCUGAGAAUGCAUUAGACAACAUCAGUGUUUAUAACAAUGUGGUGCUCUUUGGGAACUGUAACAGUGACAUGCCAGCCUCUUAAGUGGACAUAGCAAUGUAAAGUUUUAGGAUUAGAUGGGAUCCUGUUACUUCUUACCAAGAAAGCUCAUGAUAAUAAAUUAGUAUUAGAAAUGCCAUUCAUAGCGUGUACUUAUUUUAGUUUUGCAUCUAUUUUAUUUAGAAAAAGAACAUUGCUCAACCUUGUUUUCUACUAGCUUGGUAGAUUUAGGAAUGGAUUGGACAGCAAACUGAUCCUGUCCUAUCUUUUUGGUUUGUUUUUGGCUAAUAUACCAUAUUUGUGUGUGAGCUUGAAUAUAUUACAGUGCCAUCCUAUAUGUACUUUGUAUUUUCCUUAUCCUGUAUGAUUUCUAGUAUCAAGAAACAAGCUAUCUUCUAUGUAUAAGGCAAUGGUAAAACUAGUGUGAUGGACAUGCAUCUGUUUCAUGGGACUGUUGCUUUGCAUUUCUUUGCUGUUUUCAUUCCUUUGGGCAGCCUUAUAUGUGAGCAGUGAAAUGCCAAUAGAUGACUGUGCGUAAGGCAAAUGGGUGGCAGGGAGUGAUACUGCACUGUAAGCAUGAAAAAGCAAAAUGUAGAAUAGUGACUUGUGUAUCUCCCUAUCCAUUCUGUGAGAUGCAUGCAUUUCAUAUGUAUCUUCCAAAAAAGUUGCUAUUUGGCAUGUUUAUGCUCUAAGUGUCUAAGAAGUUGAGCAUCUUACUGGAAAAUUAACUUCAAAGUUCAAUCACUGAAAAUGUGAUUGGUAUAAAUCAUGGAAGGAAAACAUUGUAAAGUUAGUGAAAUCUUGAUACUCGUUAAAAAAGAAAUUGCUAUGUUAAUACUUAGAAAGUCAAAAUGUUGCUGUUUGGAAGCCAGAAAUUUUUAAACAAAAAGAAUAUAGUCACACGUGUUACUUUCAUGUCAUUCAUAUAUGUUAAGUUUGCACUGAAACAAGUAAUUGAUAGUAACCUAACCAAGAGAUUAUAAUUUAAUGUUUUACAGAUUGGUCUUAAUUAGCCACUGAACAUGUGGCUUUAUAACUAGACUAAGCCUGUACACCUAUACAUACUAAUGUGGGGGAAAAUACUGUUGAAUACAGUAGAACUUGUUUCCAAAUCAAUACAGGCAAAGAUUUUAAAUGGGAGGGAAAUAUCAUGUUAGGGAUUUUAGUGCAUAUUAUUCAGUUGUACUAAUUCAUAUGUUGAUAUGUCAUUCAAACCAUCCAGAGAAUAUUGGGAAUAAUUGAAAGAUGUUUUCAAACAGAUUUUGUGAAUUGCUAUGAUUUAGAUUUUCGUCAUGGUGAAGCAACUUUAGAUCCAAAACCAAGUGCACUAGUUCACAGAAGAUGGACAAAAUGGAUUGUGCCAGUUAGAGGAUGUCCUUGUGCCAGUCCCAAAGGAUUUUUUUUAAUGUUCGCAACCAUGCAAGAAGACUGGAUAGUAAAGAAUUUAACAUGAUUUUGAGCCUCCUUGAUAAAUUUCUUCUGGGAUUGAAGUGAGGAACACAAUUCUAAUAGACUACCAAUAACGAUUUUUAUAUCACACACACACACACACACACACACACACGUGUUAUAUGGGUAACCUUACUAUUCUUUCUUACAGUUACAUUUUGAAUUUGCUGCUAAGAUGUGUUUCAUUUGCUUUUGCAUGUUGAAUAUCCAUUGUCUUUAUGUUUUUAAAAGUUUUGUGCUUACUCUACAAAAUAAAUUUUUAAAAGAAAUUA